AUGAUCCGCAACGGCAUUGCUCGGUCGCUGCGCGCCCAGCCCUUGAGGGCCUCUCCCAUCACCAGCGCAUUCCAGGCAAAGACCUUUGCGCCUGCCAUCUCACAGCGAUUCGCCUCCAGCGACGCCGCAAGGGAAGGAAAGGUUCACCAGGUCAUUGGUGCCGUCGUCGACGUGAAGUUCCCAACCGACACCCUCCCACCGAUUCUCAACGCCCUCGAGACUACCAAUGGCGGCAACAAGCUGGUUUUGGAGGUCGCACAACAUUUGGGUGAGAACGUCGUGCGAUGCAUUGCCAUGGACGGUACCGAGGGUCUCGUUCGUGGACAGAAGGCUACCGACUCUGGUGACCCGAUCAUGAUUCCAGUCGGCCCAGGUGUCCUUGGUCGCAUCAUGAACGUCACUGGUGACCCAAUUGACGAGCGUGGCCCCAUCAAGCACGAGAAGAAGCUGCCUAUCCACCAGGAAGCUCCAGAGUUCAUUGAUCAGGCCACAUCCGCCGAGGUCUUGGUCACUGGUAUCAAGGUCGUCGACCUUCUCGCCCCAUACGCCCGUGGUGGUAAGAUUGGUCUCUUCGGAGGUGCCGGUGUCGGAAAGACUGUGUUCAUUCAGGAGCUCAUCAACAACAUCGCCAAGGCUCACGGUGGUUUCUCCGUCUUCACUGGUGUCGGUGAGCGUACCCGUGAGGGUAACGAUCUGUACCACGAAAUGCAGGAGACUGGUGUCAUUCAGCUCGAUGGCGAGUCCAAGGUCGCCCUCGUCUUCGGUCAGAUGAACGAGCCACCCGGUGCCCGUGCCCGUGUCGCCCUUACUGGGUUGACCGUAGCAGAAUAUUUCCGUGACGAGGAAGGCCAGGAUGUGCUCCUCUUCAUAGACAACAUCUUCCGAUUCACUCAAGCCGGUGCUGAGGUGUCUGCUCUUCUCGGUCGUAUUCCAUCUGCCGUCGGAUACCAGCCAACCCUAGCCAUCGACAUGGGUGGUAUGCAAGAGCGUAUCACCACCACCAAGAAGGGAUCCAUCACCUCCGUCCAGGCCGUGUACGUGCCAGCCGACGAUUUGACGGAUCCUGCGCCCGCCACCACCUUCGCCCAUUUGGACGCCACAACUGUGCUUUCCCGUGGUAUCUCUGAGUUGGGUAUCUACCCAGCUGUCGACCCUCUGGAUUCCGCCUCCCGUAUGUUGGACGCCCGUAUCAUCGGUGAGGACCACUACCGAACCGCUCUCCGAGUGCAGCAAAUGCUCCAGGAGUACAAGUCGCUCCAGGAUAUCAUUGCUAUUCUCGGUAUGGACGAACUUUCUGAGCAGGACAAGCGCACUGUCGAGCGUGCCCGUAAGAUCCAGCGUUUCCUGAGCCAGCCUUUCACUGUCGCCCAGGUUUUCACUGGUAUCGAGGGCAAGCUUGUCGACCUCAAGGACACCAUUGCAUCGUUCAAGCGCAUCAUGGAGGGUGAGGGUGACGACCUCCCAGAAGGUGCUUUCUACAUGGUUGGCAACUUCGAGGAGGCACAGGCGAAGGGCAAGAAGAUUCUGGCAGAUCUCGAGAAGUCAACAUAG